AUCUUAUUGAUUAGAUAUUAAUAUUUUCUCAUGCCAGCUACAACCUCCGGCCUGGUCAAAGGCACCUCCCAUAACGGCAUCACAGCCUACCUGGGAAUCCCCUACGCGGCUUCCCCUGCCGGCCCCAACAGAUGGCGCCCGCCUCGGCCGGCAGAGAAAUGGACGGGCGUGCGGGAAUGUGUCUCGUAUGGACCGGUGGCGCCCCAGAUUGCGUUUGAGGAUAUGCAGUUUGAGACGAUGGACGAGGAUUGUCUCAAUCUGAAUGUCUGGACGUCUGAUCCUCAGACUGCUCUCCCCGUCUUUGUCUGGUUCUACGGAGGCAGGUUCGUCGCCGGCGCAGGGAGCCAACGGAUCUACGACGGGGCGUCGCUGGCAUCCAAAGGCGUCGUGGUCGUCACGCUCAACUACCGCGUCGGAAUCCUGGGAUUCCUGGCGCAUCCGGAACUCGACCGCGAGGGUCUGGCGGCCUGCGGAGUCGAGUGCAGCGGUAACUACGGUCUGCUGGACCAGAGGGCCGCGCUGGAAUGGAUCCGCGACAACAUCGCGGCGUUUGGGGGCGAUCCGCACCGCGUCACCAUCGCGGGCCAGUCGGCCGGAGCGGCGUCGGUAGGCUUGCAUCUGCUGUCGCCAUUAUCCAAGGGUCUGUUCCACGGCGCCAUCUCCCAGUCCGGCCAACGGUUCACGCACGACCCCAUGCUGUUGAGUCUGGCGCCGGCGUACCGGAGUAAAGAGACUGCUCUUCGCCAGGGAGUCGAGACCGUGGCGGAAAAGGGAUGCGCGACUCUCGCCGAGAUGCGUGCCCUGCCCGUGGACAUCCUGCUGCAGGGAAACAACAAGAACGAGGAGAUCGAGACGCUGGGCCCGCCGAACCCGCCACCGCCGCCGUUCUACCGCCCCUGCGUCGACGGUCACUUCCUCCCCGCCGAACCCGGCGAGUGUCUCCGACGGGGGACCCAGAGCGAUGUCCCCGUCUUGACGGGCCACAAUGCCGACGAGGGAGGCACGAUCGGCGUGCGCAAGUCGGUGGUGAUGACGGACGAGCAGAUCCGCCACGCCGCCCGCCGCAGAUACACCAGCGACGAGAUGACCGACCGGUUUUUCCAGCUGUAUCCUUUGUCCGGGGGUGCUGUGCCCGCGACGUCAUUCGACGCAGACCCCCGGUACGCGGCGUGGAAUGCCCAGGCGAGAAACAACUCGCGCGUCACGGUCGCCAUGUGGGCAGAGCAGUUCCACCAGCAUGCCGCCUCGCCUGUGUACGGCUACUUCUUCGACAAGAUCCCGCCGCAGAAGGCCGGUGGGAAUGAGAAGUUCGGCGCCCACCAUGCGGCCGAGCUGCCGUACGUGUUUGACAAUUUCGUCUUUUCGCCCGAGUAUCCGUGGAGUGAGGGCGACAAGCAGGUGGCGCAGACCGUGUCGACGUACUGGGUGAAUUUCAUCCAGCAUGGCGAUCCGAACGGUUUUCUCUCUGGUGAAAAGGAAAAGCCACAGUCUCUCCCCUACUUCCCCCCUGUUGGCAAAGAGAUUAUGCGGCUGGGCGAGAAGAACGGAGCGAUGAAGCUGACCGAGACGUCUGCACGGGAGGUUUUUUGCCGCGAGUUUCUACUCGCAAGUAGGGAGUAUUGAACAGCAUAUAUAUUGAUGGAGAUCAAGGUACUUUCUGAUGCGGGCGUUCGAAUCCCUUGUAGGUCGGAGAAUGAUAUGCACAGGCAUAACAGCGGUACCCUUUUUCUUCCCAGACCAUCUGUGAGGAGCACAUUUCCACCGGCCGUUCCGGGAUAGCAUGAUAGAACUCUUCUCCUUCUUCUUCUUCUUCUUCUUCCUCUUCUCCCCCCCUUGUAGCCUCUUCGUAAGACGGCAGAGCAUCGAGAUCGUCGAGCUCGUCGGUAAGAGAAAGACCCUGGCGAGGCACCGUGUCUCUGUUAUCGGUCACCUCGUCCAACAAAGCGAUCUGCAGCUGUAGAGCGGCCGUCUCACGCCUCACGCCGCGCCGAAGGACCUCCACAGACUGAUCAUCCAGUAAGCGCGCAAAAGCCUCGUCGCACCCGAACAGUCUCCCCCUGCUGCGCGCGUACACGGCCUG